AUGCGCCUCACAGCUACUCUUGCCGCCGGAGCAAUCCCAGCUACGACUGCGGCUCUGACCCCCCGCGCUGUUGACUGCGAUUUUUCCACCACUGCUGAUGCCGGGGAUACAUGCUCGAGCUUUGCUAGCAACUGGGGACUAUCGGUUGACAAUCUUAAGCAGCUGAAUCCUGGUAUCUCCUGCCCUGAUCUUGAUGCCAGCAAGUCAUACUGUGUUAUAGGCACUGUCACGGAGGAACGAUCCAGCACCACUUCCACUUCCACGACAACGAAACCAACCACAACCAGCAAGUCUACCACCACCACAGUGACUGCCCCCAGCAACAGCCCCACCAUGCCCGGAGUUGCAAGCAAUUGUGAUGGAUUCUACCAGGUCUCAUCCGGCGAUCAGUGCGACACCAUUGCCGCGAAAUACGGUAUCUCAGAAGCUCAGUUCAAGAGCUGGAACAGCCAGGUCGACACCAGAUGUUCCAACCUCUGGCUGGACUAUUACCCUGCGGGUCCUACACCACAGAUGCCCGGUAUCGUCAGUAACUGCAAGAAAUACCACCUGAUCGCGGAUGGCGAUAGCUGUUAUUCGAUCAAUACAGCUGCAAAGAUCACUUUGGCCCAGCCCCGCACCUGGAAUACCCAGGUUGACGCAUCGUGCAGCAACCUGUGGCUAGGAUACUAUGUCUGUGUUGGCGUUUAA